AUGGAAACGUUUCUUCUCACUUUGCGAAAAAUGAAUUUUCUUGUUUUAGCUAGUAUGGCUUUCAACGAGCUUGAAAUCCUUGAGCCCAAGCAAACCAGUGUAUGGGUGGCAAACGGCAAAUCUCGGCGAGUCUCAUUUGUGUACAGCGAUGAAGAGGCUGACAAAUGGCUUUUGAGGGUAUUGAACAGCAAGGGAGACAUCGUCCACUCUUACCCUGCCGAUAUAUUGUUUCCGGAAAAGCGGAGGGAAAGAAUGAUUUAUGAGAAGCAUGUUAUCGUACCGGAGAAUUUAGGGGGUGGGGAACAUAAGAUAAGAGUCUGCGCACUGCUCAAGGACAAAAGGGAGUUAUGCAAGGAUACGGAACUGUUUUACAUCGAAGGAGGUCAGAAAACAGGUAAGCUGAACACCCGGAGAUUAAUUACUUAACAAAGUUUUAUACGGGGAGGUCACGCACCCGAGGUCCAACCUAGCUCUUAACUUUUAUAUACCAAUUUCAUUGACAGAAAAAUGACCCUCUUCGUGUACCUUCUAUUGACCAAAGGCAUCUCUUUCACAUGCCUAGUUUAGAUUUUUGCAUCCCUUUCUACUGCUGUCUUUAAAAUACGAAAAAAAAAAAUCAGGAAACCAGAACGACUUCUCGGCCUUUUCACAGACACAAGACAUUUGUUAGGUACUUUUGGGCCUUUUUACCAACCGAACAGACAGAUUUCCCUAUCUUUUUUUCCUUGAACUCGUGAAAUCCCUACCCUUUCAUAUAAUAGGCACCUGAAAAAAGGUACCCCCUUGAGUCUCCCGGUAAGAGCCACUAUAGGGGGAGGGGGGGGGGGGUGGUUCAACAGUCCUGUCACCUGUCCUUCCUGAAAAAAAUAUCUUCUAGAGGGGGAGGUUUGGAAAAGGUUUUUGGUAUGCGACCCGGUUAACUUAGUUGUUAUACUUAGGAUAAAAACUGUUCUCUUGCGAGAGGUGGUGACAGGAUCAAAGUAAGCGCUGUCUUAGUUCAAAUGUUUUAGUGCUUGGGCAUUAAUUAUUUAACAAUUAAUGAAUGACGCUGAGUAUUUUAUAAAGAAUUAUGGAGAUCGAUGAGGAGGAUGUUAUCCGUCGUGGCAGUAGGCCGCGGAGGAUAACACCCUUCUAGAUCUCCAUAAUUCUUCAUAUGAUACGAAAGCCGAAUUCAAUAACUGUUUUGUUAUUCAUUCAAAAAUAAUUCCUAGUUUAAAAACAUAGCUGAAACAUGCUUACCUCCAUCGAUGUUAAGUUGAUCUCCGAUAGUGCACGUUUAGGUUUGUUCAGCUCCUCAAAUAUUCUCCAAAUAGCAGAUGUCGCCCUUCGAGUUGUCUUCUUGCUGUUCUUGCCAUGUUUUUAGCUAUUAUUUCGCCUAGUUCUUACUCUUGAAACGAGUGAAAUGUCCGCAAUUUUUAUUUUUCAACCAAAACAACUCAACCUCGUUCCCAGGUCGUCUUGGUUGACGGUGCAUUAACCUGCAAGGAAGCUGCACUUUUGACGUCAUCGGAUGAUUAAUCGUAAAAUUCUUCCAAAUGUGGUCAUCAGUAGCCGUUGUGGUGAAUUAUGCGUGUGGUUUUAGCCAACCAGGAAUCGGGGAAAUUAUUUAAUGAAUGAAUAAUAAAACUACAUCAAAUAGUCACAUGUAAGGGAAUCCGUGUCAUCCUUGGAUUCUGGAUUGCACGCAAUUGAUUCCGGAUUCAAGGUACUGGCAUGGAUCCUGGAUAUCGCUCUUUUAAGUAGCAAGUAUCUUUAGGGUACGCGAAGACUCUUAAAAAGCGGUUGAAAUGUUUCAUGGAAGUCCAGACGUCAAUCGAAAAAGAAUGCGCGCGCAUGUAGAGUGUCUUAAGAAUUAACAACCAUUUUAACAUUUACAAAGGUGACAAAGAAAAUCUUCAGCCGCACGAGAAAAGAUUUCAAGCAAGAGUUAGCAGUUUUGAGGAUUUUCUGAGAAACCUAGACCCAGAGGACACCUGGCCAAUACAUAGUACACACUGUACGAUACCGAAAAUUCACAAGCCAACUAAACAGGAAUUUACCGAGAAGUGCAUGAAACCGGGUGAGAAACAGGGGCAAAAAAUCCGUACUGAUGACGCGUCACUACCCAGAUCUGGGAAGUGACGCGUCAUCAGUACGGAAUUUCUGCACACAUUCCUCAGACGUUUCUUAGACGUUUCGUGGAAAACCAAGAAAUGCCGGCUUUUUCUACAUCUGCCUAUUGGAUUUUCGAACUCACGUCUAUGUCACUUAAAUAAUCAUAAUACCGUAUGUUACGCAGGUCAAGCAUGUAUUAUAACAGGCAUGAUGGAUGACUGGAAAGCAAUGAAAAAGUGGCCAUUUGAACAAUUUCAACACGACCCUCGAAUAGCAGACGGCGUUUUUGUCGGUCAGAGGUCGACACCAGUGCCUUUAACAAACUACGUGACAUACUUGAAAGAAAGGGCAGCCAAUGAGACUGCGCCGUGGGUCAUUUUUAUGUCGGACGUGUUUGAUUUGUAUCCUGAGCUGAGGAUGGUGAGUGGUGUAGUGAUGAACAUGAUUGUUGUAACAGCUGUGAAUUCAAAGAAGUCAUGUUUAUUGUCCUUGCCAAAACUGAUCAGCAAGGAAAGCGCGGUUAAUUAGCCAACACGGCCAUGUCACGUAUUUGACAGAAAUAACUAACGUUUCUAUAGACUGAGUGAAUUCUUAUUGUUUCACUAUGACGUCAUUAACCGUAUAUGGAUAGCAGAGCACGAAAUAUAAAAGUGAAGGAUUUUAAAACGGAGGUUGUCGAAAACGCGGUAGUAUUAGUGUGACCGGGUGAAAAAAAAUCCAGGUAAUUCAAACACUGCCGUAAUAGCUCCUCAAGCAGAAUCGAACUUAAAGAAACGUGGAUUUAAAAAAAGAGAGAGAAAAAAAAAUCACGGGUGCCUUUUAAGCCAGCUCUUUAAGAAGUUACACAUGCCCAAAAAUAAAAACGGAGGAACCGAAAAUGAAUCAGCAGAUGGCUUUUGAAUCCGCAACGUUUUCUUUUCUGUGGCUUCCGUCCACACGUAUCCGGUGAAUCCCGCCGCAUACAACUCCGCUCUCCAGAAUGGAAUUUUUUGAAUGCGCUAAGAAUCCGGAAUCGUGUGAACGCUAGAUCCAGAUAUUUUUUUUAUCCAGUGAAGUAACAAGAUCCACCCCAGUUAUUUGCCGUGAAUAUUCAAGUUGGUGCCGAGCAAUAAGUUAUCUCUUCUCUACCUCUUGGACUUCAGUUUUAAGUCUUAUAACGCGCGUGUAAUUAACGCUAUUGUAGCUAUGAUCACUGUACACUUCAAUUAUGCCAAACGCUUGCUCGACGUGUACACUCUGACGCUUCUUUCCAUGUUGGACGCAAGUUAAAUGAGCGAACUAGUGCUUUGUUGGACGAUUUUGUCAGCGAAACAGUUAUUUAAAAAGUGGCGAGAAAAGUUCGCAUCGCUUUACAAAUCAGCUGACGAACUGAGAGUGAAUCUGGUUAUGUGUGGACGGGCAAAUUCGAUUUCAAUACGCUACGUGUGGACGAGAUUCCAAAAAUAACCGGGGCCAUAGAGAGUAUUGACGGCCGAAAAAGGUUUAAAAACCGUUGGCAUGGGGGUGUAACUCUCAACAUGUUUUGUUAUCCUACUGAACAGAGUCUUAACGUACUGAUUUGAAACUUAAUAGGAAUGGACUCAUAAACCCAUUAUUCGGUGUUUUAGUAGUAGAUACGGGUUAACAUUUUAUAGAUUCCUUGUAGUUUGCAAAAUAUCUGCGUACAUGUUCUACCAAAGCACCGAACAAAGGCCAUGUCUUACAAUAGGCCGAUUUAGCAACAGAACGGGAACGUCAGUUGACGACGGCACCCGCAAAUCAAACAGCUGGGUUGACCAAUGGCAGAGUGGCAAAUUGGGCACCGGAAGUCGAGUUUAGUCCUUUCCGCGCGCUUUCCCGUCGUCAAAUGACGUUCCAGUUCUGUUGCUAAAUCAGCUUAAUGUCCUGGUUGCCGUCGCUUGUUAGGCAGUUUGGCAUUUUGACAGUUACAAUUCGUUGUCAUUAUUGACAGGAUUAUACUGUACCGGAUUUCUUUUCUGAAUCUGAUGACUUCUUGACUGGUUUGGAUGACGAUUUACGCCUGGAUUGGCGCUGGAUUAUCAUGGCUGCCAAGCGUAGUGGCUCCGGGUGGCACGUGGACCCUGCUAAUACAACUGGAUGGUUGGCGCUCAUACAGGGGGCUAAAUUAUGGGGGAUGUACCCACCCUCUGUAUAUCAUAUUCCUGGU